AAACUUCACGCAACCGACAGUUGCUAUUUGUCAGUCUCGAAAUCGAACCGAACCUGCGGUACAUUGUAUAAUUGUGCAAAAUCUCUCGCAGUCGCUCGGCCAAAAUAAAACAAAUUGCAUUCAACGCACCGGACCCAGCAGCUUCGCGACCGGUACGAAACCUUCCGUCUAUCCCGCUUGUUGAUGCGUUUUGUUCUUGUCGUUGUGUUUGCACCGUCGCGGUGCUACCGGAGCCGCCUCUGAAGGAAGUUAAUCCCGGUGCCAAAUCGAUUUUCGCUGUAUGCAGCUCUUCGCGACUCCAGCAUAAUGAUAAAGCUCUCGCCCCGGUACAGCUCCACUCUAGUACGCUUCAGCAUAGCAGUCGCUGAGCAGCGUACCUGUUAACAAAUGAGCCGAUCGGAGGGGAAGUUAAACCGUGCUGUACAUAAAUAGUUUACGUAGUCACUGAUCCGCUCUUAGGCGCGCGCUCCCUACAAUCAAACACCCAUACUAGCCGCUUGGACAGCAACAUUCAACAUCGUUGAAGCCAAUACGCGCCCAGCAGAUUGUCCAGAGCAGGAACAGCCAAACACGAAGCAAAGGAUGCCGCACCGUGGAAAGCAAACCCUGUUCCGCGACCUGCUCGACGGUCCGCGGACGGAGCCAGCCCGGUACCGGAGCCGGUUGCAGCGCGACGCGAAGAAUUCCCUCGCCCAGCUGCAACGGCUGGAGCGCUGGAAGGAGAUCAAGGCGCACAGCGGCUGCGUCAACACGCUGUCCUGGAGCACGGACGGGCAGCUGCUGCUGUCCGGCUCGGACGACCAGUACAUUGCGAUCUCGAACCCGUUCACCGGCCAGCAGCAGCGGACGAAAACGCGCCACCGGGCGAACAUCUUCAGCGCCCGCUUUCUGCCCCAGUCGGACAACCGGGUGGUGGUGUCCUGCGCCGGCGACGGUACCGUGCUGUACACCAACCUGAACCAGGCCACCGGCGAGGAGACGCACGCGAGCGGCCACUUCGGCUGCCACAACACCGGCACGACGUACGAGGUGCUGACGGUGCCGACCGAGCCGCGCUCGUUCAUGUCGUGCGGCGAGGACGGCACGAUCCGGCUGUACGAUUUGCGGCGCGUCAGCCACUGCUACAAGGCGCACUGCCGGGAGAACAUACUGAUCGCGGGCCCGGGCGCGAUCACGGCCAUGGCCCUUGCGCCGGUCUCGCUCCACUACAUUGCGGCGGGCAAUGCUGCCGGCUGCGUGCGCAUCUACGACCGCCGCUACCUGGCGGUGAAGGGGGCGAACGAUACGCCCAGCGAGCGGCACACGGCCGCGGUGAAGGUGUUCACCAUUCCGGCGUUCGAGGACCGGACGUACCGCGUCACCUCCCUCGAGUACGACCGGUGCGAGCAGCAGCUCCUCGUCAACUACUCGUCCGACCAUCUGUACCUGUUCGACGUGGCCAACCACGAGGGCGUGGGCGAGGCAGGUUGCCGCAAACCAGCCGCCCGGUCGGUAGUCAUCCCCGGCAAGGUCAGCACGGCCCGCCAGUCCGAAGGGCACGGCGGAACGGGGGGCAACUUUCUCGCCGGCACCAUGCCGGUGCGGCGGCUGCGGCUGCGCGGCGACUGGUCCGACACCGGGCCGAACGCGCGACCGGCCCACGAGCUGUCGUCGAGCAUGCCGCUGGGCCAGGUGCGGCCGCAGCUGCAGGUCACGAUCAUGAACCGCAUGGCGGACGUGAUGUCGCGCAUGCUGACCGAUCCGCGCGUUCGGCUGACGCUCAGCAACUCGCGGCGCAUCCGAAAUCUGGCGCAGCGCGACCCGCCGGAGGAUAUGGCGGACCUGUUGCAGCAGGUGCAGCACCAACGGCAGGAGCCGCAACCGUCGACGUCCGGGCAGCAGCGCGUAAGCGUAGCACCCCCGCGCCCCGUACACAGCGACGAUGAUGACGAUGACGAUGAGGAGAUUGCGCAAGCGACGCAGGAGCGAGAGCAGGCCGAGGCCGACGGCAAAAAGCCAGAAGAGGACAGUGACGGCCCGAGCCCAAGUGCUAGAGGGAACAAGGACGACGGCACGGAGGACGACACUUCCUCCGCCUCCACCAACUUUGACUACGUCAAGCAGAAGUUUAUCGGCCAUCGGAACACGCGGACCCUCAUUAAGGAGGCAACGUUCUGGGGUGACGAUUUCGUCAUGUCCGGCUCGGACUGUGGCAGUAUCUUCGCCUGGGACCGGUACACGGGCAAAAACGUGAUGCUGGUGACGGCCGACCAGCACGUGGUCAACUGUGUCCGGCCGCACCCGACCCUGCCGAUACUGGCCAGCUCGGGCAUCGAUUACGACAUCAAGGUGUGGAUGCCGCUGGCCCAGGAAAGCCACUUCAGCGAAGAGGUGGCAAGCAAAGUAAGUGUCGAGCCUCGGCCCUUGCCCUCUCUGUCUGCCCAUUUGCUUACCUACCGCACGCAUUGCACGGUUUCGCUUUUCUCUUUUCAGCUCAUGAAGCGGAACGCUGUGAUGUUGGAAGAGACAAGGGAUAUCAUAACGGUGCCAGCAUCGUUCAUGAUUCGUAUGCUAGCGUGUAUGCACACGCUGCGCAACCGGCAGGAUGGUGUCGGCGGUGGCGGUGCUAGUGGUGCCGACGCUGACGCUGGGGCUGCCAAUGAGCACAACGCCGAUACGGAAUCCGACGCGUCGGAGGGGUAGAUGGCGCGCGCACAUUGUACGUUAGUGCGGUAGAAUGUCAGUUACCAAAGGAGGCACUUACAUGUUACGGAUGUACGUUAGAGUAGCGAUUGAAACACGCAGAGACAGGUAGGCAAAGCAGAAAGCAGGAAAAAGAACUACAGGAAACUGAGAGAGGCGCGGAAUGAAGUUAAUAAAUUCUCCGUUGCGAAUAAUUUAAUUAUAUUUUACAUAGUCGUAGGAAAUUUUAAAAAACUGAAAUAUGAUUUCUUUGCGGUAUUGUUUAAGGCACCUUUCUCAAGGACAGAACCAUUGCCUUAAAUUCACCACACAACACAAAAAAAAACAGAACUAAAUCCAUGGCAGGAGGAGUUGCGCAUCUUUUGGGUUCAAUCGCUUUUGCUAGUUAUUAAAAUAUUUAACGCACCUCGGCAUUGCCGAGUACAAUCAUCGUAACACAGAAUUUUCUCUUAACUCCUGACGCUAGAAUAUUUCAGCUGUCUGUAGGUUAAUAAAACCGAGCGUAAGAUAUUAUAUGGGCUGAUAAUCUAGCAAAAAUUAACAA